AUGUCUUCCUCUUCCUCCUCCGCUUCAUCGGCUCUCUCCUCCCAAUCCUCUUCCUCGAGUGAACUGGAGCCGGAGGUCAAUCUGAUGGCCAUCUAUGAGGCUCUCGCGCCCGAGCAUUGGGACGCGAGGGAAUGGGAUUUCGCCAUCGAGUCGGAGGACGACGAGCCCCGCACCAUCGGGGAAGAAGACCUCCGGUUCCUUGUUGACGGGGAACUGGAAUCGGCGAGCGAGGACGACCUCCUCUCAUGGGAGGCGGAUCUCUCCUCCGACGAGGAGGAAGAAGAGGCGGAGGAGUCGGAGGAGGAAAACUCCUCCUCCUCCGGGUACCCGCCGGCCAAGCGCCUCCGAGGCUGGGCCUGGUCAGACGACGACGACGACGACGAUGACGAGGAGGAUGAAGACGCUACUGGCGGCUUCAUCAGCGGCGAUGAAGAGCCCACAGGUUCAAGCAGACAAUCCUCAGAUUCAGACAAUAACUUGAUACCUGACCCUGAUGUUUUGUACCUCUAA